GUGUGAGAGGUAUUCAAAAAUACUUCCUGGUCAACAUAGACACUCUGUUGACAUUUUAUUGAUGCUAAACUACAUUUGAUUUCGAGGCGUCGGCAUCUAUGCUUUUCUACAGCCUAUUUAUUCUACACUUCCUAUUAACAAUCGUGAAAGCAUUUUCUCUAGUAAUGGCAAAUUCCGUUGCUUUUCACACUCAGCUAGCCUCCAUCAUGGAGGUUUUGGCUAAUGCGGCCGUGGCUGAAAUCUGCGAGCUUGUUGACAAUGGCUAUGCCGUCCUGCAUGUGGAGAUAUCUCGAGGCCAGAAGGAGAAUGAAACUUUGAGGAGAAAACUACGGCUGAUGGAGAUGAAAGUGUCUAGUGCGAGUACUCCGAGAGUGGGAAUGGGAAGCUCCAUCCUUCCGCACAGUCGCUCUCACCUUGGCACGGAAUCGAAAAGGACAUCAAACCGCGAGGUACGAUGUCGGGGAGCAAUUGAUUCUAAGUUGGUAACCAGCAUGUUUAGGCACAGAGAGUCCUCAGGUGACACUGGACAAACGACAACACCGAGAAAGACUGCAGGGUUGGAAGAGAUAAACCCCAAAUCACCUACCAUCAAAGAGGAGAUGUGGGAAGAAUCCUGGGAGAAUCAUGACCAAUGGGGGAGACUGAGUAGUGGAGCUUUAAAUCACAGUGCUGAUGGAGGAGAAAGGCAAUCCAAUGUCGACACAGAGGCUGCUCAACCAAUCAGCAAACAGGAGAACGCCAGCUCUUGUUUAUGGGUGAGUGGUGAAACGGACAACAACCUCCUGCCAGGAUCAAAUAACCUGAGUGUGAACAAAAGAGCUCUAAACCCAGGACUGGAAAAUGGUGAUGGAAUAGUUAAAAGUGAGGACUUUGAUUGUAUGAUGUUUGAGCCCCACAGACAACUUGGGACCCUUCACACACAGGGUUCUGGGGCUGAUCUUCCCGAGUGCUCUUACUCUCAUGUGGAUGUUGUAGCCACUCAAUCAGAGUCAGAGAAUGGAUUCCCCUAUGAAAUGAGCAAAGUGAUUCCCUCCAUAACUGAGCACAAAAAACCUGUCGCUUACCAGGACGGUAGACAGAGGGCGCUGUUGCCCUCAGAGCCUCACAGGACUGGAGGAAAAGGCAUGGAAACAGGAUCCAAUGGUUUGGUCUCCCAUGACAGUCAUAACAAUGAUGGGAGUAACAAUGGCGACGUCUCAGCAGGUAAGCUGUUAAUUUGUAGUUUCUGCGGUAAGACUUUGGCUUGUCUGAAGAAUCUCAAGACACACCUGAGGGUUCAUACCGGGGAGAAGCCGUUCAGCUGCGCGCAGUGCGGGAAGCGCUUCUCUGACUCCAGCAACCUCAAGCGACACCAGAGCGUUCACACGGGGGAGAGACGCUACGGCUGCAGCCACUGCGGCAAGCGCUUCGCACAGUCGGGCUCACUCAAAGUGCACAUGAGCGUACACACGGGAUGUAAGCAGUUCAGAUGUAUGCACUGUGGGAAGACUUUCAUAUCGGCCAAUCACCUCAAUAGACACAUCAGUGUUCACGAUGGAUAAAUACUUUUACCAACAACUUUUCAAUGGGUGAAAGCAUACCUAAACGUGCUUCAGCCAAGCUUGAACAGAAAAGGGACUCGGAGGUUGGCAUUUAUUGGGAUGACACAUGUACUGGAGGCAGCUCUGCAGGGUAGUCAGCCACAGUCAUAAAAUCAGCUUUUUAAACCCAACACUAAACUUAAAUUAAGACCAAAAAGCUAAAACAAAAACAUUUGUACAAUAUACGGUGCAUUUGGAAAGUCUUCGGACCCCGUGACUUUUUCCACAUUGUUACAUUACAGCCUUAUUCUAAAUUCAAUUAAAUUGCCCCCCCCCCAAUCUACACACACUACCCAAUAAUGACAAAGCAUUAAACAGGUUGACAUUUUUGCAAGAUGUAGAAACAUCAAGGGUGAUCAGUGGAGACAUGAUGCACCUGAGCUCAAUUUUGAAUCUCAAUUCUUAUUUGCAAAAGGUUCUAACCCGGUUCACCUUUGUCAUUAUGGGGUAUUGUGUGUAGAUUGAGGGACAGUGUUAAUCCAUUUUAGAAUAAGGCUGUCACUUAACCAAAUGUGAAAAACGAAGGGGUCUGAAUACUUUCCGAAUACACUGUGUAUAGCCAAUUUUGAUUUUGCAGCUGGCCCGUCUAGUGGAAAUCGCUCGCUGUGCCUCCAGGACAACCGUCAUCACAAUAAACUUCAACCUGCAAAGGAAUCGGGUGCUUGACUGACGGACUUUAUAGUCCAAAAAUGAUUCCUUACACUUUUCAAUGUGUUUUUGUAACUAUCGUUGUUGUUCGUCACUCAUCCUCUGACAUGACAGUGACUCAUUUGAGGAAAAUAGUGAUAGUAUGUAGACGUGGUAUUGUCAAACAAAUAACUUUCAUGGUGCAAAUUUUGUAAGUGUAUUAACCAGACAGUUUAUUUAUUUUUUUACAAUAAUACGAGCAUGAUUAAUAGGGUUCCUAAAAGAGCCAGUCAAAUUGAAUGGAUGGAUGUUGCACAGGCUCACUGCUACAUGAAGGCCUCUUACAGUCAAUUAAAUAUUUACUGCCCUAUCAAUCUAAGUCUCUACUCAGCUGGUGCAGAAAGUGUUCAGUGGUUUGAACACUGACGAGUCAUUCAUGAUACAUUAGAAACAGAAUAUUUCUAAGAGAUUCUGAAAAUGCACUGAAAAUAUUGAAUCUUAAAAAAAAUAUGGUCACAUACUUGGACAACUAUAAAAAAAUUACAUUUAAUAAAGUUGUAUAAGCCAAUUGAGUUGAACUAUUUCACAAAUCUGUUAGAAAAGAAACAUUUCAGUGCAAUAUAGCUCAUGAACUAUUAAAGAAAACAGUACAACAGACAGUGAUUACAUUUUCAGAUACAUCCAAUGUGAGUGCAAAAGAUAAACAUGCAUACAAGAACCACACAUUUUGCAAAUGUGGAAACUAGUUGAGUAUCAAAGCAAUAAAAAUUGAUUGUUAAAAAAAAGCAACAUUUGAAACUGGUUUAUGUAAAGGUACACAAUAGGAAAUGACUUAAAUCUCAAGGUCUUGUAAAGUACAUUGAGUAUAUGCCAAUCAUGAAUAUUACAAAGAAAUAACAGCCAUGUUGUCUUCAUAUACUGUAGUGUGUACAUGAGCUUUUGUUGACAAACUAGCAAUAAAAUGGUGUCUACCGGCAAAACCUUUAUAUAUUAAUUUUGGCUUAUUGAUGAAGUGUUGGUGAUUUAACACUUUCUGGUCAGAGAAUUGUCUCAUUUGGAGUAAUCAUUCAGAUUUGGCACUUGGAGUGAAUACAUACAGCAAUGGUUCUCAAGUCACUUUCGUUUGGACAAAUAGUACAUAUGGAGACAAUUAAAUACAGCUUUUCUAAAGGACCAACAACAUCCAAUGUAUUACAAAGAAUGGUGAGUUGAGAUGUACAGUACAAAAUUAACUCAUUAUUAAAGUACAAAUCACCUAUUUUUAGAUUCUCAAAAAAUCCUGCUGUAGUUUGAGGUCCAAACAUGACUCAUAUUUCAACUUUAUAAAGCUAUACAAUAUGAACUUUAUUCAGCUACUUGCUGUGCCCUGUUCCUUUUCCUGACAGAAAACACACUUUCCCUCUGGGUUGAUAAACACCCAUAAUUACUCAGCCUUCAAUGCCAUUACAUACUCAACAUUGUACCAUUUAAUGAGUCAAAUAAAGGGAUUGUUUCAUUCUU